AUGGAUGACUUCUCUGUCUAUGGCAGUUCUUUUGUGUCUUGUUUGUCCAACUUGUGCAGGGUUCUCAAGCGCUGCGAGGAGACGAACCUAGUGCUCAAUUGGGAGAAGUGUCACUUUAUGGUCAGGGAAGGGAUUGUCUUGGGACACAAGAUAUCAGAAAAGGGGAUAGAGGUUGAUCAAGCAAAGAUUGAGGUGAUGAGUCAGCUUGCUCCACCAAAGACAGUCAAGGACGUGAGAAGUUUCCUUGGGCACGCUGGUUUCUAUCGGAGAUUUAUCAAAGACUUCUCCAAAAUAGCUCGUCCUUUGACACGCCUCUUGUGCAAGGAGACUGAGUUCCUGUUUGACGAGGAGUGCCUUAAGGCAUUUGAGAUGAUCAAGACUGCCUUGGUCACGGCCCCGAUUGUGCAAGCACCAAACUGGGACUACCCUUUCGAGAUCAUGUGUGACGCUAGUGACUACGCCGUGGGAGCUGUGCUUGGCCAGAGGAUAGACAAGAAAGCUCCACGUGAUAUAUUACGCAAGCAGAACCAUGGACGAUGCCCAAGGACGAUACGCAACAACUGA